GCUUGAGACUGGAGACGUUGUCGCCGUAGCUGGGCGGGGCCUAGAGGGUAGAGGCCGGACUUAAGGCCCGGCCUGCAGCGGCGGUCACCGGAGCCGUCGGGCCGGGCGGCGGACAGCCGAGGACCGUGGGGCGGCGCCGUGUCCUCCGCCAUGACAGAUCAGACCUACUGUGACCGGCUGGUACAAGACACACCUUUCUUGACCGGACAGGGUCGCCUGAGCGAGCAACAAGUGGACAGGAUCAUCCUCCAGCUGAACCGCUACUACCCACAAAUCCUUACCAACAAAGAGGCGGAAAAGUUCCGGAACCCCAAGGCAUCUCUGCGUGUGCGGCUCUGUGACCUUCUGAGCCACCUGCAGCAGCGUGGGGAGCGGCACUGCCAGGAAUUCUACCGAGCACUGUACAUCCAUGCCCAGCCCCUGCACAGCAACCUGCCCAGCCGCCACACUCUUCAAAACUCAGAUUGCAGAGAGCUGGACUGGGGCAGCGAGAGCCGUGAGCUGAGUGACAGGGGACCCAUGAGCUUCCUGGCAGGCCUAGGCCUGGCGGCAGGCCUGGCCCUCCUCCUCUACUGCUGCCCUCCAGACCCCAAAGUGCUUCCUGGGACCCGUCGCAUCCUUGCCUUCUCACCCGUCAUCAUUGACAGGCAUGUCAGCCGCUACCUGUUGGCCUUCCUGGCAGAUGAUCUCGGAGGGUUUUAACGAACCCAGACCUUGGGCCUUACCUGCUGCUUAACCAAAGAAUCCCCUGGCCACCCACUGUGGGAUCUGCACUUCUUUUUCUAAAUACUUAUUUUUCAUUAUUUAUAAUUUCUAUGAGAACACAUCACCUUCACUCUACAAGGUGCUUAACAUGAAAUGUUACGUCUCUGCCUA